CUGCUUAUGAAGUAACUUAGGGUUCUAUGGCUGCUAUGACAACCAAAGAAUUUAUCUACAUGUCAACCUUGCUUCAUUCCCCGGUUGGAAAGUUUGAAUCUUUUUUGGAACUUGGGACUGGUGCUUGGAGGUACUCCUGUAAUCCUUGUGGCCAGAAUAUUUUUGUCUCUGAGACUUGACUUGGAUUUGUUGUGGAGCUACUAGUCUCUUUAAGUUUGACCGUGAGGCAUCUCUCAAACCAAGGGUCUCUGCAGGAUUCUGGACCAGUCCAAUGGAAUCCUUCUGUGUUCAGUGGAAAAGUCUGGAGAUGACCUCCUGUAACAGGAGUUUAAGGCGGACAAUGCCUGAGAACCUUCUAAAAAAGAGUAGACCAAUUGCCCCACCCAUACUUUCUCGAGUGAAUGGCUGGUCUCUGCCCCUCCACUCCUUCCAGUUCAUUGCUUGGACGGCCUAUGUGUACAUGACCAUCGCAGGAUUUGGAUUGUUCAUUCCCUUGCUGCCAUAUUUUUGGAGAAACAUCACCUACAUUGUGAUCGGCAUAUUAUUUGUAUUUCAUUUUAUUGUUCAUAUUACUGCUGUCACAAUUGACCCAGCUGAUCCAAAUGUACGGCACAAAAAAGCCUAUGGCAAGCCCAUGCCUAUCUUGGACAGGAGCAAACAUAAGCAUGUAAUUCAGAACCAGUACUGCCACUUGUGUGAAGUCACAGUAGGGGUGAAAGCCAAGCACUGCAGCGCCUGUAAUAAGUGUAUCGCAGACUUUGACCAUCACUGCAAAUGGCUCAACAACUGUGUGGGAAGUAGAAACUACUGGUAUUUCUUUGCUAGUGUGGCCUCCGCUGUUAUUGGUAUCAUCCUCCUUAUCAUCUUACUACUGUACAUCUUCAUCCAGUACUUUGUGAAUCCAGAGAAACUCCGCACAGACUCCCAGUUUGAAAACCAUCCUUCCAACGUAUGGCUGUCGUUCCUUCCUUUGAUUCCAGUGACCACGUCUCCCAUUGUGCUCCUGACCUUGGCAGUGAUCACAUUGCUGCUGAAUUUCGUGAGCCUCUUGCUCCUUGGACACUUAUUACUGUUUCACCUCUACCUAUUGGGCAAGCAACUGAGCACCUUUGAUUAUAUGACCCAGGGACGUCAAAAGCAAAACACAAAUCUCCCAUUAAAAGUUUCCGGAACUCUGAAAUCCCCCAAUACUGAGUCUGAGGAUGGGGCACCAGAUGAACAGAGAAGAAGAUCUAAAUUUCCAAGUUUAUGUGCAAACUGCACAUCAAAGAAGACAAGCUCUCUUCUGACCUCAUUCCCUUUGAGAAGUCCAAAUCUCUGUAAAGGAAAUAAUAAUACCAAAACUAAAAGCUGCUUCCCUCUAAUGUCAGCAAUAAGCAAAUGCCAUAGAAACAGGCAGAGUCGGAAGAAAACACAAGAGGAGAGUGAAGAUGUGAAAGAGAAAAAGGUACAGAAUGCUUCCCUUUCUGAAGAGUCUUUCAAUUUGAGGUCCUUCUCAUCCAUAGAAAUCCCACCUGAGCCUCAAACAUUAGAUAAUCUAAUGGUUCUAUAUGGCAUUGGUUCAAAUCAACCGAGCAUCAUAUCCGAAGACCUCUUACAAGCCGUUGAAAAGCAGAAGAUGAGUGUUCCCAACACUUCUGAGGCUAACUAAAUACUAUUCCCUUCUAAAGAGAAGAAUUAAAUCAUGAAAAAUGUGGCCUUUUCAGAAUCUGGCACAAUGAUAAAACCAAAUUUUGGUUCCCAAGAAGUCUCUGUCCAGCUAGCCAGAAAUUAGCUUAUCUUAUUGUGGCGGAGGUAUAACUGAUGCACUUCUUUCCAAAAGUACACAUAGCAUAAGCACCCAACUAGAUUUUCAGUAAGUGGAGACUUUGUCAGAUUGAACCAUCGAUCCUACAUACCUGGCUUAAGACAACCUUGGGAAAAACCAGUUUCUGGAGGGGUUUGGAUACCCCAGGCUUUUGAGACACAAGUAAUCCAGCGGGUCCGAAGAUAACAUAGCAUGUUUGCAGCAAGUCAAGUUUCAGGGAUUUGAGAAGAAUUUUUUUGAAAUUCCAUCUCGCAGUAUUGAAUUUAAUCAACUACAAAGAGAUAUGGAAUGUUCCAACAAGUUUCGCCUUUUCUCCCCAUCUGGAAUGAAAAAAACAAAACAAAACAAAACAAAACAAAAAACAAGUUCUAUCUGGCAUGAAAAACCAGCAUAGUUUGGGGAAAACAGUCAGUGGUGUAAGGUCCUUUUGGAUCAUUUCUUGUUUUCACCUUUACCCAAUUUUAAAAAUUAUUAUUUUUUAUUUUUUGUAAAUGGAAACAAGAGAAAAUAGAAUGCUUAUUUUUCUGUUCUGAGUUUUUGGAAGGAUUUUAUUUUUACUACGGAAAAUAUUUUGACAAGCUUUUUAAUCACAGUUUUUUAAACAUACACCUAUAUUUUAUACUUGAAAAAGGCAUAUUCAAAACAUUUCACAAGAAGAUAUGUGUUUUGGUUUUUUUAAAUAUGGAUAAAUGAUAUUGAUUGUUGCUAUCGGUAUAAGUUGAAAUAACUUCAGAGAUUUCCUCAGAAAUCCUGGGGAAGUUUUAUAAUAUGAAAGUAUAAAAAUAAUAUAAUGAUGUUAAUAAAAAUGUAAAUUGAUCUUGAUCAACUGAUGUCUCAUUUUUAAUGGAAAGUGAACUCCAUGAAAAGAUCAGGUGUAUAUUCUCAGCACCCCACUGUUUCUGUAUUUGCUAUCUGUCAGUGUGAGGAAACAAAUGAUAUUUGAUCUCAUUUCCUUUUAUAAAUAUGCUCUUUUCUCUGGAUAUUGGAACUGACUCUUCUUUACAACAUACUUAAAACAACGGAAAGCAAUCUUUUCCUAGCACUUAUUUAGGGCUAUGAUUAGAACUUGAAUCCUGAAUUGAGUUUAAGUUCUGCUAUGCUACCUAUUCAUUACUACAUAUGUUGCAGACAAUAUAAUUUAAUACCUGGACCCAAAACUCAUUCCAGUAACAAACUCUAAUAAUUUGUUUUUAAGGGAGAGGCAGGCAAGCAUUGAACAUGUAUCAACCAGCUACUAUGUGCCAGGCAUUGCGCUGAGUGCUGGGGACACAAAGAAAGGCAAUAGGCAGUCUUUUCCAUUGAGGAACUUACAAUUUCAUGGGGUAGACAACAAAAAAUUAUGUACAAGAAAGCUAUAUAAAGGAGAAAGAGGAAAUUGUCAACAGAAAGCACUAAAAUUAAGAGGGCAUUGGAAAAGGUUUCCUACAAAAGGAGUGAUUUUAGCAGGGACUUGAAGGAAGCCAGGGAAGCCUGAGUGAGGGAAAGCAUUCCACAUAUGAGGAACAGCCAGGAAAAUGUCCAGAAUUGGAGAGUGUCUUGUUCAAGGAAUAGCAAGGAUGCUAUGAUUAAUCAGAUCAUAAUGUAUGGGUGGGACACAUAAGGCAUG